AGUUUUAAACUAUUUUCACAACUACAAUUAAAUACAUUUAUUGAGUAAAGGUGUAUGGUAACAGUUUGACACGGAUACAGUAAGAUUGGGAUCGGACGAUGUUUUACGCAAAUGUCUUCCUCGCGAAGAAAAGUGCAUUGACGCGGGUAUGGCUCGCAGCGCAUUGGGACAAGAAGCUAACCAAAGCUCAUGUUUAUGAGACGAAUAUUGCAGAGAGUAUAGGAGAGAUUAUCUCUCCAAAACAGAAACUUGCACUCAGAACCACUGGUCACCUGUUACUGGGAGUUGUCAGGAUUUACUCCCGAAAAGCAAAAUAUCUGCUGACCGAUUGUUCUGAAGCGUUCGUCAAAAUUAAGAUGGCAUUCAGGCCGGGUAUUGUUGACAUGCCAGAGGAGAAUAGAGAGGCCCCAAUGCAUGCUGUCACCCUUCCGGAAGUUUUUCACGAUUUCGACUCCACACUCAUGGACUUUGGAGGUUUGGAUAUGACAGCACAGUUUGGACACAAUCAAGGCAGACUCGAGGACAUAACCAUGCGUGAGGACCUUUCACAGAACAGAGUUUUUACUCUGGGUGAUUUCGAAGAACCUGGUAAUUUGGGAAACAUGGAGUUCAGCAUGGGUUUAGAGGAUCCUGAGCUGGCAAGAAAAGAAGCUCAGCUGGACCAGAUGCGAGAGGAGAGUGUGGUAACUGAUAGAGCAGAGAAGAGCACACUUCAGGACUCUACUGUCGGAGACGAAACUACUAUCAGGGACACACCUAUCAGAGCUGGAGGUGACAUGCUCAACAUGCCUGAAAUGUCGGAUCUUGGCGGCGAAUUCCUGGACCCCUCCCUAAACUUCAAUUCCGGCGACUACUCGCAGCUGGAGACUGCAGAAGAACCUAAACAGUACUCUUCUGGUCUAACUCCUCACCACAGUAUGAUGACACCACGUCACAUGGGCAUGACACCUGCCUCCCCCCACCAGUCCAGAUAUCCUGGCAGCAUGACCCCCCAACAUAUGGGAAUGACACCCAAGGGUGAGACUCCUACUGGGCACUACAUUACCAGACAUCUGGGGGGAAAGGAGGUUCACGAGCCCAUGGCUGUGGCUGACGAUGAGUUCUUGUUGGAGCCAAUCAUGGACACCAGCGAUUACACCAGAACCAGGAAGAAGAGAAAGCUUGUUAUUGAUCAGGAGAAACAGCUGAGUUCAGAUUUUAUCAGACGAGAGUUAGAUAGCACCAACGACAUCGUGCAAGCACCAUCUUUCGCUCCACCCUCCCGGAAGUCUAUGCACUGGAAAGCAACUGCCGGAGUUGACAAGCUCUUCUCCACACCUGGCAGACCUGGUCUGGGUAUGCAACUCAACAAACUCCUCACCCACAACCUCACUCUCAACUUCCCCAACGAAGAAGAUGAAGAAGAUGACAUUGUAUCCGUACACGAUGAUGACCAGGAGGAGGUUACAGAAGUCAAACAGUCCAAAUCACCCGUUAAAGAAUCAUCCCCCACCAAAGCAAAAGCACCAGAAUCACCCACUAGAUCCCACCACGCAUCGUCCUCAGACGACGACGCGGGCGGUGACGAUCUCUUCGACUUUAACUUCGGCAACGACGACAGUUCAUCUGACGACGAGCAGCCACCCAAAAAACAGAAGACAAGCGACGAUCUGUCAGACGUCGAGGAGAAAGAGGGAGAAACGUUCGAAGAUUUCGACAACAGGAGAUGGAAUAAGAGAACACACGCUGUUCUCAAUAUGUUGCGUCGUGAUCUGGAUGCCAAGGGACAAGUCAAUUUCUUCAGUUUUGCAGAGGACAAUAACCGAAAACAAGCCGCCAGCAAGUUUUACAGUAUAUUGCUACUGAAGAAAGGCGAGACAAUCAAUGUUACCCAAUCAGAGCCUUUCUCUGAUAUCAUUGUUCAUGCGGGACCGAAAUAUCACGAGAUUUAAAAACAGUUCUUAUGUACUUAUUUGUUAAUUUCAGUUUUUACAUUUUAAUGCUAGAUGGAUGCGCGCUGGUUUGAAGUUUUAAAUGUCAUGCGCACCUGAGAAUGUAAUUUGCUCCAUUUAAGUUCAGGGGUCGUUCACGUAUUACGUAAUCAAUGAGAAGGAGAGGGUUUCUGCAGAAUAGUUUCUGCAUAACUUAGUUAUUUCUAUACAUGUAAAAGUGAUAAGAAAGAGGAAGCGGAAAGAUGGUUUCGUAAUAAUAUGUGAACGGUCUCUCAUUAAAAGUUCAUACUUGAUACACCCUGAACAGUCUUGAUUUGGCAAUGAUUUUAGAUUUAAAUGCCAAAUAGAAUUUGUACAAUUUUGUAUGGGCCUCAAGUUUGCUAUUCCAGACAGUUCCACUCUAACAUUCCAACCGAGGAAAGGAUUUACUUACUAUUUAUGCACGAAAUGCGUAUUAUUAACUUUUUCACUUUGUACCACUGAGAGUAAUGUCUAACUGCUUAAAUUGUUUAAAGCUGUUGAUCACCCGCUGAAUUUUAUGCUGAGGAUCAUCUGAAUUCAGCGGUUCGCUAAGAAGGGACCGUUAAUAUCUUACGUCAGCAAUAUUUUACCGGUUCAAGAGCCCUCUUAAGCUUUGUUGCAAUAAGUUUUCCCCAUUUUCAACCACUCCUAGGCCUUGCUGCUGACGUUUCAUAUGAACGGUCCCUGGCUCACUAUUGCACGUAUUGACAAAACAGAGUGAUUCUUAUCAUUUAAAUAAAAUUUGAUAUCACACCAGCUGAAACCUUUUUUCAUAAAUAGGACAGUCAAAUUUAAGUUUAUUUCAGUUUUAUCUUAUGGAUGAAAAUAUUUAUCAGUUUAAGGUUUUAUUUACGAUGAUACCAAGUACACUGUCAAGUAUAUUGAUUAUUGUGAAUUAUGCCAUAUUAAUUAUCGUUGUAUCCAA